CCCGGCAGUCCGAAAAGCACAGUCAGCGUUCAAUCGUUCAAGCAACCUCAGCUCGGCAAACAACACAGACCUUUCGUGUGUCCCAUCUCGUUGUGACAGAACAGAAAAACAGUCCCACAAUUCUAUUCAAAAUGUUCCGAUUGGUGGUGUUGUCCGUUGUUCUCGCCGUUGCCGCUGCCGCUCCCGGUGCCCACCUGGUGCAGUCGGCCCCGCUCGCCUACUCGACCGUGGUAGCUGCCGCGCCCGCCCUCGUCGCCCAGAAGGAGAUCUCGUACCAGAAGAGCAUCGUGGAGGAGCCGACCGUGGCGCACGUUGGCACGAUCGAGAAGUCCGUCCCGACUGGCUACUCGCACCAGAGCUUCACCCAGUACCACAACAAGCAGGUCGCUGAGCCCGUGUUCGCCCCGGCCGUGAAGAAGACCGUCGUGUCGACGCCGGUCGAGAAGACGACCUACGUCCAGGCUGCCCCGGCUGUGUACGCUGCCCCGGUCCAGACCGUCUACGCUGCUGCCCCAGUUGCCAAGACCUACGCUUAUGCUGCUCCGGUGGAGAAGACCUACGCUUAUGCUGCUCCAGUUGCCAAGACCUACACGUAUGCUGCUGCCCCAGCUGCCAUCUCGUACGAGGCUGCUCCCGUCGCCUACGCCGCUCCCCUGAAGACGUCCUACGUCAGCAGCUACCCGUCGGUGUACGCCGCCCCGGCCGUCUAUGCUCACGAUUACUAAGCAACACUGACUGUGUAUUCUAACCGAUCCCUUCCCCAUGCGUGCGUUCGUGCAAGCGAGAACUUUAUUUUUCUCUUGUUCAAACGUUUUUUCGGACUGUUUUUUUAAUUGAAAGAUGAGGAAAAUAAAUUAAACCUU